AUGGCUUCUGGCCCGGCUCCGAUCCCUUCCGGAGCGUGGCUGCCCCACGCGGCAGCGCUGGUGACGCUGGUGCUGGCUCUUGCGGCGGUGCCGUCAGCUUGGGCGGACAAUGUGGACAUGGUGUUCCUCAAAAGCGCAGUCGCCAAAGGAGCAGUGUGCCUGGACGGGACUCCCCCGGUCUACCACUUCUCCCCUGGCUCCGGCUCUGGCGCCAAUAACUGGGUGGUUCAUAUGGAGGGAGGAGGGUGGUGCAAGACCUCCGAGGAGUGCGCAAUCCGGAAGGGCAACUUCAGGGGCUCUUCCAAGUACAUGAAGCCACUCUCCUUUUCUGGGAUAUUAGGGGGCAGCCAGAAAUACAAUCCUGAUUUCUACAACUGGAACAGAGUGAAGGUCAGAUACUGCGAUGGUUCAUCAUUUACCGGUGAUGUCGCGGCAGUAGAAUCUUCGACAAACCUGCAUUACAGAGGGGCAAGGGUUUGGAAUGCCAUCAUCGAAGAUCUACUCCAGAAGGGGAUGAGCAAGGCACAGAAUGCUCUUCUUUCUGGAUGUUCAGCCGGAGGUCUAGCAGCAAUACUGCAUUGUGACAAAUUCAGUGAUCUGCUUCCAGCAUCGGCAAAAGUCAAGUGCUUUUCAGAUGCUGGUUAUUUUUUUGAUGGGACAGAUAUCACCGGCAACAAAUAUGUCAGAAAGGUCUAUAAGGAUAUUGUAAACCUACAUGAAUCAGCUAAAAAUUUGCCAUCUUCAUGUACAUCGACGCAAUCACCUGAGCUGUGCUUCUUCCCGCAGUAUGUCAUCCCAACAUUGCGCACACCGCUAUUCAUACUUAACGCAGCGUAUGACUCAUGGCAGAUCAGGAACAUACUAGCACCUAGCGCUGCUGAUAAAAGCAAGGCCUGGGCCAAAUGCAAGCUUGACAUAAAGAACUGCUCCUCCAGCCAACUCGUGACCAUGCAGAAUUUCAGGAAAGAGUAUCUGGCAGCGCUUCCUCAACCGGGGCAGUCUCGUUCUCUAGGCAUGUUCAUCGACUCAUGCUUUGCUCACUGUCAAUCUGGAGCACAAGACUCAUGGCUUGCCGAAGGUUCCCCUUCCAUUCAGAAGACGCAAAUUGGCAAAGCAGUGGGGGACUGGUUCUUUGAACGGGCGGUAUCCCAGCGGAUUGAUUGCCCAUAUCCUUGCAACCAGACCUGCAAGGACAAUGAAGAUGAUUGA